CGCUCCUCCUGCGGCGGCGUUGGCGGCGGGCGGGAUGCGCGGCCCGGCCCGCGGCAGCUGUGAAUUGUCGUAGAAGAUUGAUAGCUCUGCCAACGUUUGUCCGCAAUAGAAGAUGGGGGGAUUAAUUUCAAGGUGGAGGGCAAAGCCUUCCACUGUAGAAGUAUUAGAAAAAUUAGAUAAGGAAAUACAGACAUUAGAAGAAUUUAGAGAAAAAAAUCAGAGACUACAGAAACUAUGGGUUGGAAGGCUUCUUCUCUACUCCUCAGUUAUUUAUCUUAUUACUUGCUUAAUUGUGUAUUUGUGGUGUCUUCCUGACGAAUGGACAGCAAGGCUGACAAUGACACUUCCAUUUUUUGCAUUUCCAUUGAUAAUCUGGUGUAUAAGAACACUGCUCAUUUUCUUCUUUUCCAAACGGACAGAAAGGAAUAAUGAUGCUCUGGAAGAUUUAAAAUCCCAAAAGAAAAAAAUACUUGAGGAAGUAAUGGAAAAGGAAACGUACAAGAAUGCUAAACUAAUCCUUGAAAGGUUUGAUCCAGCAUCAAGUACAAAGGAGACUGAACUACCAUCUGCUGGAACAUCUGCAACCCCAAGACCUGGACAAGAAAUUCGUCAGAGGACUGCAGCUCAAAGAAAUGCUUCUAUGCCCUCACCUGCAACUCCUAAACCAGGCUCUCCCAAGUCCCCACUUCCAGCAUCUCCUAAUCUGCAGAGAGAGACUCCGGCUCUGAGCGGGCUCCCGGAAAGAACGGCUGUGCCAUCCUUGCAAACAAAUGUUUUACCAAGACGCCCUGGAUCCCCUGCUACUUCAGUGCCUGGAAUGGGCCUUCAUCCUCCAGGCCCUCCCUUGGCAAGACCUGUUCUUCCUCGAGAGAGAGGAGUUGUGGAUAGAGUUAUUGAAUAUUUGGUCGGUGAUGGUCCUCAGAACAGGUAUGCCCUUAUAUGUCAGCAGUGUUUUUCUCACAAUGGUAUGGCUUUGAAGGAGGAGUUUGAAUAUGUAGCAUUUAGGUGUGCCUACUGCUUCUUUCUGAAUCCUGCAAGAAAGACUAGACCUCAAGCUCCACGACUUCCAGACUUCAGCUUUGAAAAAAAGCAACCUACGGAGCUGCGAUGUGCACCUGAGCCUCUGGAACCUAGAGAGAGAAAGCCCCAGGAGACUCAAGAGACAAAAGAAUCUGAAGAUGAUGCGGACCAGCUUGUUGAGACAAAUGACACAGAUGAUAAAGCACCAAGUUCUGAGCAUCUAAAUGAUAAGCUAGCUGAAGAAGAUGAAAAAGAAGAAGCAGAAAACAUUUCAGCAACUGAAGAAGCUAUUUCAGAGUCUACUUCAGCUGAACAAAGUGAAGAACCUUUAAUAAAAGCAGAAUAAAAUACUUCAAGUGCCUUCUGUAGCUAGUUUUUAGCUUUGUUCAUGCCUGUUGUUACUAUUCAGGUGAGCUUUUUUUAAUGGUACAACUUAAAAAUCUUGCUUGGGCUUAAACUGCCUCAACUGCCACAGUGUGUCAAAGCUAUAUGUAAAAGUGGGUGUUGUAGAUGAAGCAUGUCUCUAAGUUAACACAUAGAAUGUGUAGUUGGUUGAAGUCUAUGAGUUGUAGCCCUUGUUUAGUUUGUGUAUUUAAAAACUUAAAAGUACAAGCUUUGCGAAGGGUGACUUAUAAUUUGACAUCUCUUUAGCUGUCACACAUAAAGAGCAAUUCCUGAUGGCAUCUGACCUAGUAAGUUUGGUCUAGUGAACUUAAGAUGCUUUUUAAUGCUGCCCUGUUAAAAUGGAUUGAGUACACAUUUAAUACACAGAUGUUUACAAGCUAAAGUGUCAUCUGACAUUUGACUUAAGCAUAUGGAAGUGUCAUUGCAAUAUUGCUCAUUGUCUAACUUUUUGACAGAAUUCAGUUUUUUGGCACUUGGAUAAAUGGCAUCUCCUUUGGUGUUUGCUUUGCAGAUGAACCAGAGGCACCUACAUGCAAAACUGUUUUGUGUUUACAUAAAAUAUAAGAAGUCUCUGCACUCGAUUGUACUUGAAUACAAAGCACUAUUUAUACCUGUACAAUAAUGACAAGAUAUAAGUGAAUUUUGUGCCUUUGUGUAUUUUGUUAAAGGAAAAUAAAGACAUCUAGCAGCAAUACUUGCUUUGUGAUUCCUGAAACUGAAGAGGAUUCAUGUUCUGCUGUAUGCAGCUAUUCUACAGUUACUCUGUGCAAGUACAGAAGGAAUGUGCCACCUUAAAAGGAACAUGUCAAUUUGUAGCUAAGGUGGCUUUGAUAGAAUAGAAGUAGAUCCCUGAUGAAAAGGGGAAGUGCAUGUGCAUUUACCAAAAGGCUUUUCUAACUGUACCUAAAGCUUGUUGAUACUAUCUAAUGUUAAAAUUGAAAUGACUAUUUACUGCUGGAUUACUGAAAAUGUAAUUUUUUUUUUUUUUAUUGCAUUGGACACUUGUUACACAUUUCCUGUUAAAUGUAACAACUGGGAUCCUGGAUUAGACGUUUUCUGGUGUCUGUGAGGUACCUAAACCAGAUUUUUUUUAGAAAUAAAUGCUGAACAUAUGUGACGUGGUUGAUUUAGUUAUACUUCUGAUAAAAGUUUUAUUUUGUGCAGUGUUGUGUACCUCACUAUAGGGAGAGGGGAAAUUUCAAAACCAUGUUUAAUGUCUUGGUUCCAAAGGGAGAGGAUUUUUACACUGUAGAGGCAACAAAACCCCUCUACCAGAAAAGCAUGCUUCUAAAUGUGACCUUAGUAUCCAUGUCUUCAUGCAAGGCAUUAUUACAUGAACAACAAUGAUCAAUUUUCUUUUUCAAACACAUGCUUUAUUUUCUGAUUAUUUGGGGAUAGUUUAGAAGGUCAGUCUUGCAUCACUGAGGAUCAAGUGUAGUCUGUAUUUAGAUUAAGGAAGAAUUUUUUUCUGCUUCACUAUGUAAAUUACAAUGAAUAUUUUAAUUAGUAGUCUUAAUAGACAGAAUGUAUACAUGUGAUUAAAGGAGUACUCGUAGGUGUUUGUCUGUACUUACAUGAACAAUUACCAAAUAAGCAUUUUGUGUGUGACUGUCUUAGCUGGGAAUACAAGGAGAACAGUCUCUUUUCAGAACAUGUGUUACAGUAUGAGUAAAGUACAAGGUACGAAGUGAUAGGGGAAUUAAUUUUUUAAUAUUCUAGAGAUAUAUUUUAGAUUAUAGAAUUUAUUUAAAAUGGAAAUAAUUUUGCCUGAAAGGUGGCAAAACUUGCUUAUUUUGUAAGUUGCUAAUCUCUGCACUGCAUUUUGUGCCUCACUGAUUUAUCUGCUUAAAGGCUUAUUUCUUUGGAGAGAAAAAAUCACAGACCAUGUGAGUAAUUCAGCACGGUAAAUUGUGGGAUGUACUUGCAUUCUAAGCACUAAAAACAAUUAAAAUUUGAUCUCCUGAUCCAUCAUAUGGGAGAUGAAGGCAUGAAUUAUUGUCAGUUCAGAACUUUAAGGUUACUCUAGGCACAGAUAUUGCUUUGUUUUAAAAAUGUACAUCUCAAAUGUCUGGUCUAUUGUAGAGUGAUUUCAGGUCCUUUCCAUGACAAGCAGUGGCUGAGGUGUAAUGCAUGUAAUAGCUAUAGAACUGACUGAGAAAACUGUUGAUAUUGAACCUAUGUAUUAAAAAUGUUUUCAUUAGCCUGGGACAUGUAUAUUUUUGUGUCCUGCUUUUGUAAAAGAAGCUGAUGUUUCUUAGGAUUUUGGGAAUAUGAACUUUUUUUGAAAAAGGAGACUUAAUAUUUGGGGGUGAUGGGGUGGGGUAUUUUUCUCCCAAGUCUUAAAUGUGACACGAGCAACUUUCCACAGAAGUGAUGGGUACUUUUUAUUUAACAUAUCACUGAAGAAUCAUGUAGAGACAAUCUGAUGUGAAAACAAAUGCUUUUUAGAAUAUGACAACCUGCUUUGUGACCUAAAAAUACCUGUAACUUUUGAGCACAGGAAGAUUUAAGUCUGUUUUAGGUAUGAUAGAAUUGUCUAGAAAGACUUUGCUACUUAAAAAAAGUGAGCAUUUGUUUCCAUUAAUUUCUUCAGAAGGCUUGAAGAUUAUGUUAAUGAUGUCCUGGAAUUUUGGUAGAGAAAAAUCUGUUUUUAACUUUCUAAUUUUCCAGGAUUUUAAAGCAACUCUAGUAACUGAGGGCACAGGGUUAAUCUGCAGGUGAAUUCAGGCUCAUGAUGGUACAGAUGACUGUUACGGACUGAGCUUUUCUCAUUUUGCAGUAGGCCUUCACAUGUUACUCCUGCCAAAUGAUAGAAGAGCAUUCUGUGUCUGCAACAGUUGCUUCUGUGUACUAUAAGUGUGGCAGUAGUGAAAGGCACCUGCCCAACAGGAAUUGAAUCCAAAAAUACCUGUAAAUGAACAGCAGUAACCACACUGAGUCAUGUCAUUGUAACACCAAACAAACCCUUGGAAGUAGGAGUAUGUAGACAUAAAAAGUACAGCAGUUGUCAUAUUUAAUCCAGUUGCAGUUUCACUCAAAAUGAGGAAAUAGAAGAAAGCAGAGGGAAAAAUACAGAAGUACUGUGGUUCCAUGUUUUGUUGUCUUCUGACUUCCUGGCAUGUACUCGAAUCUCAUUUUUUUCAAAAGUACUGAGAUUUCGCACAGGACUGGGCUUCUACCAUGUCAUAGGAGCCCUCUUUUUCUUUCUGUGGCAGGGAUGAAAAGCACAAUUGAGUGGGGUAGUGAAGUAAUACUUAUUAGGGUGGAGUUAUCUGUGCAAAAACUGUGCCACAAAAGACAAGCUAGUGUUCUAGUUCAAAACAAAUUGAAAUGAGGUGGUCAAAUUUAAAUUUUACUUUAGAAGUGAUUUUUAAAAGGCAGUAGUAUUUCAAAUUUUAAUACUUCUAGAAGAGAACAAUUGAUUGCCCUUGGACAUUUUGAAUUAAAGCGUUUAGUGGAAUCUUGGUAUGAUGAUUUCUCAAGAAAUCUGUUUAGCCUCCAUGCAGGGAAGAGAAAGUCCCAAGGCAUGGCAAAUGAAGAUAAUGCAAUAGCUGAUGGUUUAGGAAUGGUCUAGAGAUUAUCAAAAGCAAGUAACUAAGUUGGAUAUGGUUGCCUUGAAGUGAAGAAGAUUGAACCCCAUGUGGUACAUCAGUAGAAACCAAGGGAAGAACUUAAUGGAGUGAAACAGUUGGAGGAAGGAAGGGAUAAUGCUUUUUUCUUUUAGAACAAAGAUAAUUCAAGAGAUAGAAAAGCUGAACUUGAAGGGAUUUUUUUCAGAAAAUAUAGCAGGAUUUGGCUGUUACCACAUGGCAGUACAUAACUCACAUUAAUAUCAUGUUCUUACCUCAGAAAUAGUAAGAAUGCAAUUGCCAAGGAAUAAUUUUAGAGAAGUUUGUUUACUUUUUAGCGUUAAUUCCAGUAGAAAAAAGCCAUCUAACUAUUAUGAGAUACUUAUAAAAUUUUUUAACCUUCAAAGGCUAGGAGAAACACUUCUUUAUUGGUACAUGGUUCUGAACUUAGCAAUGUUUGUGAUGCUGGAGGAGUGAGUAGGCUAGAGGAAACUUUCAUUACUCAAUAGCUAAGUCUGCUAUUAAAAACUUUGUCUUUAAUUGUGAAGUCUUAACACAUUCAGUACAAGAAUACUGGAUGUAAAGAAAGUUUUAAAUAAACUACUUCUACAUACUUA